AUGGUCUCCUCCUCCUUUAGACUACUUAUUUGGCGUCAUCUUGCCAACAGUCGAAUGGGAGACAUGGCCUCCAAGAUGCAACUACCAAGCCCGGACGCAGCACUGCCCGGCCGGGCCGAGGGUAUUAAAGUAGCCGCCAAACACCACGUGAACGGCAACAAAACUGUGCAACCGUUCCCGGAAGAUGUGCAGACAGCCAUGUUUGGGAUGGGCUGCUUCUGGGGCGCAGAAAGGAAAUUUUGGACUCAGAAGGGUGUUUAUUCCACUCAAGUUGGCUAUGCCGGAGGGUAUACACCCAACCCUACCUACGAGGAAGUUUGCACAGGCAAGACGGGCCACAACGAGGUAGUCCGGGUGGUCUUCUACCCAAAUCAGAUUUCCUUCGCCAAUCUGCUCAAGGUGUUCUGGGAAAGCCACAACCCAACACAAGGUAUGCGUCAAGGCAACGACAGUGGUACGCAGUACCGCUCGGGUAUCUACACCAACACCCAGCAGCAGCUCGAUGAGGCGCUCGCUUCCCGUGAUGAAUACCAGAAGGUUCUGACUAAAGAGGGUUUCGGAAGCAUCACCACUGAGAUCGUGGGUGACAAAACCUUCUACUACGCGGAGGACUACCACCAGCAGUACCUCAGCAAGAACCCCAACGGCUACUGCGGGUUGGGCGGGACCGGAGUCUCCUGUCCAAUAGGAAUCAAGGCGAAGGCUUAG